UGUGCAAGUCUUUGCCGAAGCUUGUCUUUUCACUCAGAGUAUCUAGCUGUCCUCAACAGGCAAGUUCCGAGUUAUCUGGCUGUGCUACUAACAGAAGUGGAAAUGUCCGAUGUAUUCUGCCUCCGUUGCAUUUUUUUUUGGUCUUCUAUUCUUCUUAUAUCUAAAAAGUGUGUAAAACGCAAAAUAGGGGCUAUCAUUUUUUACUUUUUCUGGUAGUGGUGGGUACAACCCUACCAGUAAACCAUCAAGUGAUCUGUUACUUACAAGACUGACGUCAAGUAUUUGCUGUCACGUUUUGUCAAUGAGAAGAAGCUAAACUCCACUGGCCUCAGAGAACUGCUUGAGGCCGGCAAAAUGGCGGGAAGCCACUAAAGGGACUUCUGGAAGUUGCAGGCUCGUACGCCUGGAACUCCGAGAGUUUGGGAAUUUUUACUAUUUUUUAAUAGCUCUAACGGGGCCGACUCGGUUCUUCCCCCCCCUGGGGCUUCUGGGAAAUGUAUUCCCCAAGUCCUUCGGGAAACAAGGGUCUUCUGGGAAGUGUAGUUCCGGAGCGCCGAGGAGUCGCAGGCACUUCCGGCCGCGGAAAGCGAGGUUGCACCAUGUCCUCCGGCCGGGAGGUGACCCGGCCCUACGGCCCCAGGGCCCCUCCGAGCCUCGUCGGCCUGAGCGCGGGACUGGCCGCUACCUAGGCGGCCGCCUUGGGAUGGAGGAGCCGCGGGCGCCCGCAGAGGCCGAGAGGCCGGGGACGGAAGCUCCUGUGCUUCGCUCACCGAGCGGCGCCGCUCCUGCCGUCCUGCCGGCUUCUGGCGAGUGUGUUAUCCGCGCUCCACUUCCCUCCCCUGUAAAGCAGCGGCGAAGCUACAAGAAAAAGGGAUUCCUGGUUCUUAGAACUUUCCAUCUACUCAUUUAGUUCUAGGAACAACUGUAUGAGGUGGGUGUGACAUAUGAUUCUUAUCCUAUCAUUGUGCAGAUGAUCAAAGUGAGGGCCAGAGAGGUUUUGUUUUGUUAUGUUAACUCCCCUGCUGUUACACAGAUGGUAAGGAUCAUUUCCAGGAUUUAAACGUAGGCCCCUAACUGUCUGACACAAUUUGAGCUUGCUGUAGCAACAAAAUCUAACCUAUUCCGGUGUUUGCUCCUCUAUGAGACAAGCCAUUAUAUAGAUUUAGACAGUAUUUUUUUUAAAAAACAAAAAGAAUAAGAAUUUAAAAAAUAGAAUAAAUAAAUAAAUAAACCUAGACCCUGAUCCCAGAGCCCACUUUUUUUUUAACCUUUGUGUUGUUGUAACGCCUCUUAUUUCUUACUAUGCCUGAGGUCAGAUAUCCUUAUAGAAGGGAUACUGCAUUUGGUUGUGCAGGUGUUUCACUGGCCAGUGGUUCCUGACUGGCAGAUCCAUUAGCAGCUAUAGUCUCUUCCAUGCUCUGUUAUCAAGCUGUAUGUGGAAGUAGAAUUGCUCUUGCAUAAUUCCUGCAAAGGUCCACAUGGGCUCAUGGCAGCCCUGGCCUGUGUCUCAUGGCUUCUUUUUCCCCAGUUAUGCCAUCUCAGGACUCUGACCUUCCCCAGAAGAAGCAGGAAAAAAUGACCAAGUUUCAGGAGGCAGUGACGUUCAAGGACGUGGCUGUGGUCUUCACCGAGGAGGAGCUGGGGCUGCUGGACCCAUCCCAGAGGAAGCUGUACCAAGAUGUGAUGCUGGAGAACUUCCAGAACCUGGUCUCAGUGGGCAGCAAGAGUCAAAAUGAGGUGGAGACUCUUCGAAAAGUUGCAUUGAAGUACUUUCCACGUGAAGAGCUAUCUUGCUGGCAAUUCUGGAAACAGGUUGCAAGUGAUUUAACCAGGUGUCUUCAGAGGGAGAGUUCCCAGUUACUACAAGGCGAUUCUGAUCAGGUUUCUGAAAGUGGGAACAAUAUAGAGAACUAUGAAAGAGGUAGCUCCUGUUAUGUUGAAAAUCAAGAGUUUUUCAAUGUCGAGGAUUCUCGUGGGAAUAUAUACCCAAAUGAGUCACAGAAUCAGAGUGGAGGCAACCAAGUUCAUGUGAAAAAUAACCUGCAUGUCUGUGAAACCUUCAUGAAGAAAUCGCCACUUAGUGAUCAUAUUAAAAUUGACACAGAACAGAAAUCGUACAAGUCUAAUGACUGUGGUAAAAGCAUGAGCGAUGGCUUCAGUCAGCAUUUGCCCUGCAGAGAGGAACUCCAUCCAUGCAGUGAGUGUGGAAAGGGUUUCAGUUAUAGCUCAGUGCUUUUAACUCACCAGACCAUACAUCCAGGAGGGAAAUGCUUGGCUCAGAACUCACACCUGCAGACUCAUCAGAGGAUUCCCCCAGGAGAGAAACUUGCUAAAUGUCAUGACUCCGGUGAUUGCUUCAAUAAGAGUUCCUUUCAUUCGUACUCUAAUCAUGCAGGAGAAAAGUCCUAUAGAUGUGACAGCUGUGGCAAGGGAUUCAGUAGCAGCACAGGUCUUACCAUUCAUUACAGAACUCACACUGGAGAGAAACCUUAUAAAUGUGAGGAGUGUGGUAAAUGCUUUAGUCAGAGUUCAAAUUUUCAAUGCCAUCAGAGAGUCCACACUGAAGAAAAACCAUACAAAUGUGAGCAGUGUGGGAAGGGCUUCGGGUGGAGUGUAAAUCUUCGUGUUCAUCAGAGGGUCCACAGAGGUGAGAAACCCUAUAAAUGUGAGGAGUGUGGUAAGGGCUUCACUCAGGCCGCCCAUUACCACAUACAUCAGAGGGUCCACACUGGGGAGAAACCUUACAAAUGUGAUGUCUGUGGUAAGGGCUUCAGUCACAAUUCACCAUUAAUAUGCCACCGGAGAGUUCACACUGGAGAGAAACCAUACAGAUGUGAGGUGUGUGGGAAAGGCUUUACUCGUAAUACAGAUCUUCACAUCCAUUUCCGCGUUCACACAGGAGAGAAGCCCUACAAAUGUAAGGAGUGUGGGAAGGGCUUCAGUCAGGCUUCAAAUCUCCAAGUCCAUCAGAAUGUCCACACUGGGGAGAAACGAUUCAAAUGUGAAACAUGUGGGAAGGGCUUCAGUCAGUCUUCAAAGCUUCAAGCCCAUCAGAGAGUCCACACUGGAGAGAAACCAUACAAAUGUGAUAUGUGUGGUAAGCACUUCAGUUAUAGUUCAAAUCUUAAACUGCACCAAGUAAUUCACACUGGGGAAAAACCAUACAAAUGUGAGGAGUGUGGGAAGGGCUUCAGUUGGAGAUCAAAUCUUCAUGCUCAUCAGAGAGUCCACUUGGGAGAGAGGCCCUAUAAAUGUGAGGAGUGUGGGAAGAGCUUCAGUCAGGCCAUAGAUUUCCGGGUACAUCAGAGAGUCCAUACAGGAGAGAAGCCAUACAGGUGUGCUGUGUGUGGUAAGGGCUUUAGUCAGUCCUCUGGUCUUCAAUCGCAUCAGAGGGUCCACACUGGGGAGAAGCCAUACAAAUGUGAUGUCUGUGGAAAGGGCUUUAGGUACAGUUCACAGUUAAUAUACCAUCAGAGAGGCCACACUGGAGAAAAACCUUACAAAUGUGAGGAGUGUGGGAAAGGCUUUGGUAGGAGCUUGAAUCUUCGCCAUCAUCAGAGGGUCCACACAGGAGAAAAACCUCAUAAGUGUGAGGAAUGUGGUAAGUCCUUUAGUCUCCCCUCAAAUCUUAGAGUCCAUCUGAGUGUUCACAUUGGGGAGAAACUAUUUAAAUGUGAGGAGUGUGGUAGGGGCUUCAGUAAGAGUUCACGUCUUCAGGCCCAUCGGAGAGUCCACACUGGGGAAAAGCCGUACAAGUGUAACGUGUGUGGUAAGGACUUCAAUCACCGGUCAAGUCUUACAUUUCAUCAGAAAGUCCACUCUGGCAAGAAUCUUUAAGAACAAGAAACGUGUUAAUGACUUCAGUCAGGUGGUACAUUUAGUUUUUGGAGAGUCCAUGCUGGGGAUAAACACUAUAAAGUAUUGAGAGUGACAAGGGGGUUCUUCAGUUGGAAUUGAACAAAUCCAUGAAAAUGAUGACAUAGAACCAGAGUAACAGGAAUAGGACUCAUAAAUAUGUAACCCUCUUGGUAAAAUCCAAUUGAUGUGAUAUUUGAGUACAUACCAAAAGAGAAUGUGUAGAAAGGAUAUUUGCCAUAAACAAGCUAGUUUGGGGGCAAUCAGGGAAAGUGUUUUAUUUUCCCAUUAUCAUUUUCUAUGUAUUUACAGUGACCAUUAUUUUUACUAAAGCUGAAAAGUAUGAAAAAUGAAUAAAAUAAAAUGACUAAAAAUUACCUCUA